AAAAAAACUGCAAAAAAAGCCCAAAUUCAACCAUUGUUGGUCGGCUCUUCGCCGAGUUCCCUUCGCCUUGUUGAAGAACACUGGUAAAAAAAAUCCACUAUUUCCGAAUCCGCCGCGAUUGAAUCUCCCCAGCGCCGCGGAAAUCGAGCGGAAGCCUCGACCCGGUGCCAGAACCGGAAUCAAUGUAUGGAGCCUCCGGAAAGAUGGGCCGCGGCGGCGGAAGCGGCGGCAAAAGGGGCAUUCACGCGCCGCCGCCCGGCCGCCCUACCCCGGCCAGCCGCCUCGGGGGCCCACGCGGCCGCGGCGGGCCGCCGGCAUCAUCAUCGCCGUCGGCCUCGUCGCUGCAGGUGGAGGAGAGCUUCAGCCUUGUGAGGGAGAGCCCUUUGAAUUUCGGGAUGGCAAUUAAGCUGACGGCGGACCUCGUGGAGGAGAUCAAGCGGGUGGAGGCGCAGGGCGGUGCGGCGCGCAUCAAAUUCGGCGCUAAUGCUAGUGGGAAUGUUAUUCAAGUAGGGGACAAAACCAUCAAAUUCACUUGGUCCAGGGAACCAGGGGACUUAUGUGAUGUAUAUGAAGAACGUCAGAGUGGUGAUGAUGGAAAUGGCUUGCUUGUAGAGUCAGGAGGCACUUGGCGUAAGGUUAAUGUAGAACGAGAAUUAGAUGAAUCAACUAAAAAUCAUGUCAAAAGGCUGUCAGAAGAAGCCGAACGCAAAAUGAAAUCACGAAAAUCAAUUGUUUUAGAUCAUCAGAAUCCAGCUAUGAAGAAUCAAAUGAAGGCAUUUGCUGCUUCUGAGUCUACUCAAUGGAGAAGUUUCAAGAAUCGGAAAGAACCUCCUUUCAAGAAGCCAAAAUCUGAACCAACUUCAGGUGGACCUCCAAAGUCUGUUUUUAAGCCUGGUUUACCUAAGGGGAGGCUCUCUUCUCGCUCACCUUUAUCUUCCCAACCAGAGCAACUUGGUCCUUCAACAUCUCCAAUUGGAAUUGGUGAUUUUGGGAAGGGACAAACUGUUGUCUCGGAUUUUGCGGCAACUCAAAAUCUGAAUAAAGUUUUGAGCUCUGAAAAAGAUACAGCCAACAGAAGGAAUAGUACCAUCAGCGAUAGAUCUAAGUUGAAUGUUGAGGCCAAACCUAAUGAUUUAAAGAGUCGGAUUACUUCUCUACUCCUGGAGCAUCAGUCUACAGGAAUGAGCCUUAAGGCCUUGGAGAGAGCUAUUGGAGAUCCAAUGCCCAACUCGGCUCGGAGAAUUGAGCCCAUAUUGAAACAAAUUGCAACUUAUCAAGCACCUGGGAGAUAUUUCCUAAACACAGGAGUGGAGGUGGGAAGCUCCAAGAAGCUACCUCAAAUCAGAAGUGGUCACAACGCCAAACGGAGUUCUGGAUCAUGA